GCGUGAAUACGAUGUAAUAAAUUAUGUAUAGAUUUACGGUUCAUAUUCACCCAAUAUAAAUAAUCCGAUAUGACAUUCCUGACCUAACUUAGACGACCUUAACUGAUAGAGGCCAAAAUGAAGUUGUACACCUAUAAAAUAAGGUACCAUUAAAUUCACUCAAACCACAAUUGAGAAACACACACACACACACACACCAUGGGUUCUCAUCCACAACCACACUUUGCAAUCUUCCCAUUCAUGUCACAAGGCCACAUCAUCCCUCUCCUCCACCUCUCCCGCCUCCUCCGGCAGCGGCGAUCAGCCGCCGCCGUCACAAUCUUCACCACCGCCGGAAGCUCCCCUCCGAUCCGCGCCGCCCUCCACGACACCGACAUCUCCAUUCUCGAACUCCCUUUCCCACAAAACAUACAAGGGGUCCCGCAAGGUGUCGAAAACACGCACGACUUGCCAUCGAUGUCGUUUUUCGUGCCGUUCGUCGAAUCCACUAGACUAAUGAAGGAAAGCUUCGAGCAAGCCCUAGAAACCCUAAAACCGCCCGUUUCUUGCGUGAUUUCCGAUGUAUUCCUCGGUUGGACUCUUCGAUCGGCCGAGAGAUUUAAUGUUCCUCGGCUCGUUUUUUUCGGGAUGGGGCAAUUUUCUUUCACCAUGUACCAAAUCUUGGGCAGAGAAAGGCCACAUGCAGAAACAAAUUCUCUCGACGAGCCCUUUUCGAUGCCCGGUUUCCCUCAUUUGAAAUUAACGAGAAACGAUUUCAGCCCGCCGUUUAAUGAAAUCGAGCCAUCGGGACCGUAUGUCGAUUUCAUGGCGGAGCAGAUAACAUCGAUGGUUAUGAGUCAAGGGUUGAUUGUGAACACGUUUUACGAACUCGAAAAGUGUUACGUCGAUUUUUGGAACGAUAAACUUUGUCCGAAAGCUUACUGCGUCGGCCCGCUUUGCAUGGCGGCGGCGGCGGCGCCGCCGGAGAAGCCAGGUUAUGUAGGGUUUCUGGACGAGAAGUUGGAUUCCGGGGUGGAUGUGUUGUACGUGGCGUUUGGCACUCAGGCGGAGUUGUCGGAGGAGCAGUUACUGGAAAUUUCCGAGGGUUUGGAAAAAUCUGAGGUGAGUUUUCUUUGGGCUUUGAAAUCAAAGGGUUUGGAAUUUGUUCCGGGUUUUGCGGAGAGGGUUAAGGGUAGGGGUGUAGUGGUGGAGGGGUGGGUGGAUCAGCUGGGGAUACUCCGGCACGGCGGCGUGAAGGGGUUUCUGAGCCACUGCGGCUGGAACUCGGUGAUUGAGAGCAUCUCCGCCGGAGUGCCGCUUCUUGCGCUGCCGUGCAUGGCGGAGCAGCACAUGAACGCGAGGUUUGUGGCGGAGGAAGCUGGGGUGGGGCUGAGGAUGAGGCCGGCUGGGGGUUCGUCGGUGCUGGGGUUGGUGGAGGCGGAGGAGGUGGAGGGGAGGGUGAGGGAGCUGAUGAUGGGGGGUGAGGAAGGGGCGGCGGUGCGGCGGAAGGCGGCGGAGCUUGGCGGUGCUGCGGCUGACGCAAUGAGAGAAAGGGGUUCGUCGAUGCUGACGUUGGAUUUGCUAAUUGAAGAAAUGGGUGGCAUCUAGUAAAGGCUUUUUCGUCGGUGAACGAUGACGUCAUUAUUACGAAGUGACAAGAGUUUGUUUCUUUUCAUGCUAAAUAUAAUUUAUGUAAUUAAAAAAAUAAAAAAAUUAUAUAGAAAUAAAAUUUCAUGCAUCAAUUAUUCGAUUGGACCCCUAAUCAAUAGAGACCAACCAUUUUCUGAACUCUAUGUUGUAUCACGCCUCAAUUCUGAAAAUGCAUCACAGUAAUAAUGUUGGUAGGGAAAAUAUGAUUUUUGUGA